ACAGGAAAUACACGUAGCGAGCAGCCCGGAGCAGCCGAACAGUGGCAUUAUCACAUUUUUUAGUCCCGUUGUCUGCAUGUGUCAGCUGACAUUUUCUGCCAAAUCAGCGGAGCUUUUUUUUCGCAUUUUUUAAACUUUGUAACAUUACCCCUUUAUUUUCAAACCGUAGACUUCCAUCGUACGGCUGUCAUUAGUAAACCAAACGUAGCCUACUCUGUCCGGAUGAGAUAUUUAACCCACACAAAGUAAACGAAAGCUCUUUUGUGACAGUGAACAUGGGAAAGAAAAGGGGGAAGGACAAAAGCUCCAGAGAGGAAGAUGACUUUGAGAUUACAGUUCCAUCCUGUAGGCACAUUAAGAAGGGAUCAGACCAAACUCUUCUAAAGAAACUCUCUGGGAGUGGUGAUUGGACAAGUUGCCAGGAUUGUAAGCCUGAAGAAAAUGAAGAAAACAAAGAAAACAUCAGCACCACUGUGCCACCGGAAUCUGAAGAGGAAAAAGAGAUGGAACCCAUGUGGAUGUGCUUGAAAUGUGGCCAUAGAGGAUGUGGACGGAACUCUGAGAACCAGCAUGCCAUCAAACAUUAUGAGACUCCUCGUUCCGAACCACAUUGUCUGGUGAUCAGUUUGGACAACUGGAGUGUGUGGUGUUACAUAUGUGAGGAUGAAGUCCAGUACUCCAGAACGGGACAUUUGGCUCAGCUGUUGACCAACUUAAAAAAGCAAACCUCUGCAGAUCCCAUAAAGAGACCACAGAAGAGAGUGAAGGAAGAAGCCUGCUUGUUGGAAGUUGAACAGAAGACAGAUACUGUAAAAGCAGAGGACAAAGAGGACGAAGACAACAAAGAGAACAAGGACCACCCAAAGAAAAACGCCAAGAAAGAGAGUGUUGUGAAAUCACAAAAGUCUGGCACAUCUGAAGACAUUGGUGGUAUUUCAGUUAGAGGGCUGAGCAACCUUGGAAACACAUGUUUCUUUAAUUCAGUUAUUCAGAAUCUUUCUCAAACACAUCUCUUAAGACAGACUCUCAACAAAAUGACGGAAGAGAAAAUAGAACUUAACAUCCAACCUGUUGCGCCCUCUGAUCUGGAGCCUCUCGUAUUGCAUUUAGAUCGGCCCGGACCCCUGACUAUGGCUAUGUGUCAACUACUCAAUGAGAUCCAGGAAUCCAAGAAGGGUGUGGUAACACCGCGCGAGUUGUUCUCACAAGUUUGUAAAAAGGCUGCCAGGUUCAAAGGUUUUCAGCAGCAAGACAGCCAGGAGCUGCUGCGCUACCUUCUGGAUGGGAUGCGAGCUGAGGAGACCAAAAGAGUGAGCACGGGGAUCAUGGAGGCAUUGAAAGGAUCUAAAAAAAGUACAGAUGGAGAGCAGCUGAAAACACGAGUUAAAGAGUACGAGAAAAACGGAUUUCCAAAAAACGUUGUCGACCACGUUUUUGGUGGGGAAACGACCAGCACUAUAAUGUGUCAGCAAUGCAAAACGGUGUCUGUAGUCACAGAGAUGUUUUUGGAUCUUUCCCUUCCUGUCUCUGAUGAGGCAUACAGGAAGAAGAAACAGAAAAAAGAAGUUCAGAGAACCAGUGAAUCGAGUCAGGAUGGCAGAAACAGCCCUGCUUUGACUAACGGGAAUGAUGACAUUCCCGAGGGGUCCGGCAGCAAGUACCAGCAGAAAAAAGCCAAGAAGCAGGCAAAGAAGCAGGCAAAGCAACAGAAGAGGCAGACGAAGCUUGACGGCAGAGUCACUUUGGACUCUGUCUCAUCUCCGAGCCAAACGGAGAGCGAACAGGCUGAUCCAGAUGCAGAGGACGGGGAAAACGCUGACAAUGGAACAAAUGAGGAAGCCACACUAAUUGGAGAAACUCCUGCACAAAUCAGCGUGUCUGAAGAGGACCAGAAAACCCUCGAAACGGAUCAGGAUGGGAAGGAAAAGGAAAAAGAAGAAGAGGAUGAUGAUUUGGUGAAUGAGUGUGACUCAUCCGCGACGUCAUCAGUAAGCAACCGCUUUACAGCCUUAUCAGAGGAGCAACCCUCAAAGGACAGCGUCUUGGACAAUGACAACAUAUCUGACAUGGAUCAGGAAGUAGAACAGGACACAGAGCUAGUGAGCGAAAUGGAGAAAGUAACCCUGGAUGAUGCCUUCAUUGAAGAUUCUCUUGAUGUGGAUCAAAGCAUGGAGAGUGAAGAAGAGGAAGCUAAAGAGUACACUGUAGUAAGUCAGGACCCAGAUCUGGCUUUCCACACUCUGGCUACCAGGAAAGCACCUGAGAAACAGGAGUGUUCAGUCCAGUCGUGCCUUUUCCAGUUCACAGAAGUGGAAACUCUCACGCAGAACAACAGCCUGCUUUGUGUCACCUGCACCAAGCGGCAGCCCAAUAAAGAGAAAGCUGGAGCAUCCAAGAAAAAUGUCUACACUGAUGCCUUGAAGCAAAUGCUUAUCUCGUCUCCCCCACCGGUGCUUACCCUUCAUUUGAAAAGAUUUCAACAGAAUGGAUACAGUAUUUGUAAGGUGAACAGACAUGUCCAAUUCCCCCUGAUACUGGAUCUAGCUCCCUUCUGUGCGGUUAAAUGCAAGAACUUGACAGAGGGAGAUAAUCAGAUUUUGUACAGUUUGUACGGCAUCGUAGAGCACAGCGGGACAAUGAGGUCAGGUCAUUACACAGCGUAUGUGAAAGCACGACCUGAGUGCCCUAAACUCUCAUCCAAUGGAUGUACAGCUGAAGAUUCAACCAGAGGAUCCUGGUUCCAUGUCAGCGACACAAGCGUUCAGCCUGUGAGCGAGAGCAAAGUGCAGGGUUGCCAAGCCUACCUCCUCUUCUAUGAAAGAAUCCUCUAAUCAAACUGCGCUUCACUACUCAGGGAAUCCAAACAAACCAACCGUCUGCUGCUGCUUCAGCUCCACAGUACAAGGGAUCUCAAAAUGUUAACCAACUAGUUAUGACUAUGACAUUAACUCGGCUGUGAUGAGAUGAAAUUGAGUAUUCAGAAUGGACAUUUGAGAGUGUUGACAUUUCAACACAGUCGUUUCACACAGUAUUUCAAGUUACCAGGACCAGCUGUAUGUUUCUCACACUUGUUUGAACGAUGGCAAAGUGUGAAAUGAAAGUCAACAUAGACGUUUUACGGAUUGUGGUAAUGGAUUUGUAAGACAGAUUACAAGAUAAACGAAAGUUGAGAUAAAUAAUAACUUGUAAAACAUGUUUAUGUCUAUUUUUAUCAAUAUCAUCAUAAUGAAAUGGUUUAAAAUUGGAAAAGUUGUUCCUGUCCUGUGUGCUGGCUUCCCGAGUCUUACACUGAGCAUGCGCAGUAAUUGCUUUACAGUACUUUUUCCUGGUCCCAGUAGCCACAUGACGAGAGGGAAGCCUGGCUCCGGAUGAGCAGAAACGUCUCUACUAAACAUUUUCUAAUGCCAGUUUUAUCAAGCUGACAUGGCAGGUCAGUGAACCUUUGCCUUCUUAAAUUAAUAUUAAAACAUAUCGUUUAUGUUUGAGCAUGCCGUUAUGUUUUUUAGCCAACAACAGGAAGAUGUGUUCGCUCGGUACAGUAGUCAGAACAUGGCUAACGGUCUUGGCCUAGCGUAAAGCCUCUCAGUUUGGAUACAAUUGUCGACCAUUAACUUGACAUUUGUAUCUUAUUAAACUCUUCCAGUUGUUAGUAACAUUAUGUUAUCGUCGCAACUUCGGAUACUUUUCUUUACGCCUCCACCAGGGAGAGUUGUGUAACUUGGCUAAACAUGAGUCAGCAUUUUUAACCUGCUACCCGAGCGAAAAUGAAAUCUAUCCUGACUGCAGUCAUUUACAAGUUGGAUGACCGAGUUAACUCAUCUAACCUUUAGCUAUCUGCAUCAGCUGAUACAUCAUUAGAUUUCUCUUUUACUGACUUCACACUGGAGCAUGUAAUAGCCUUAACACAGUAGGUCAUCUUUUCUGCUGCCUAUAAUAAUAAUGUAAAUUCAAGUUUUUGUUAAGUGUGUUAUUCAAACAAUACAUUUGGUUUUACAUAUUAAAACAACCUCCCUUAUUUGAGUAAUGCUCAGACCAAACUUCUCAGAUGGCUUAUUUUAUUGUUCCUUGAGGGGUCACCAUCACCAUGAAAAUUAGCGUGGUGUUUUUAAAUGAUUGUGCAAUUUUGCACCUCAUGCUAGGGAACAAUUAUACUAGGGCUGCAAUUAUCACUUUAAAAAAGAUAUAAUGUCAUCCUAUAAAAUGCCAGUUAACUGUAAAAAUGUCCAUUUCAAAUUCAAGGUGAUGUCUUAAAAUGUCUUGUUUCAACCUACCGGUCCAGAUUCAAAAGCUAUUUAGUCUACUAUCAUAGUGUGGUAAAGAAAACCGGAUGGUAUUCACAUUUGAGAAGUGGGAACACAUGCAUUUUACAUUAUAAACUGAUUUUUAAACUAAUAAAAAAUGUUGCACAUCAA